CGAAUGGGCGCGUUCCUGUGUGGCGUGUGCGCGCAGGGACGUCCAAAGGAUCGCAAACUCGCGGGUGCACCGGCCACGAGGCGACAGAGGUGCUUCCGAGCGACCCCCGGUGGAAGCUGCCUCCCACGCCGCCGCCCCCCUCUCGGUGCACAAAAACGCCCCUGCCCGAACCUGGCGACUUUUUUCAUUCAUGUGUCGUCGAAUCGCCCAAUCGGGCACGACAUGGCCACGACCGGCGACAUCGCACGCCCGCGUUUCAACGACAAAAUCGCACAUGAUCGUGGGGGUCGAUCACUUUGAAACACUUUCAGGAGCGUCGACGUGAGGUUCGUCAUGCGCCUUGCUCAUGUGCUGUACGCUGUCUUGGUGCUGACGUCGUUUGCGACGGCCGAGUUGGGUGCGGUCUCCGGUGGGUUGGACCGCCAUGUGACCACUGCUGGUGCCUCGCACGACGACGAUCGCGCCGCCGCCGUCGAGCCCGUGCGACGCAACAAGCACCGCCAUGCGCAACCGUAUCGUUCCACCCGCGCCAACGGCUCGCGAUCCAAGCAGCUUCCCGACCGCCGUGGCAACAACCCCACGCGUGCCAACGAGAACCGACCUCGCAACAUUGCGCAGCCGUACCGUGGAAACCGAUCGCCACCACAACGUCGAAGUGCCACCCCACGAGCGCAGGGACAGCAUCGUGGCCGACCCACGCCGUACCGUAGCGCCUCCCGCCGCGAAUCGUUUGAACUUGGGGGACAUGGCCGCCGUCCCGCCAAGAAAGAGUUUAAAAAGUUUGCCAAGAAGGUGGGCAAAGUGGCCAAGAAGGGGGUAAAAGUCGUCGGGAAGGCCGCGGCUGUGGUUGGCAAGGUGCCUGGCCUUCAGUUCGUCCCCGGUCCCAUCGGCUUAAUCGCCAAGGGAGCGCAAGUGAUCAACACGCUUCAAAACGCCAAGGGCAAGGGUGGCUUGUUGCGCGCGGGGCUGAGUCUGGCUGGCCAGGGUGCAUUGGGGGCCAAAGCCCAAAUGAUUGCCGGUCGCGUGAACCAGGUCAAGGCCGUGUACGACGCCCGAAAGAAUCCCCGUGCCUUGAUCGGGGCUGGCCUGAACUUGGCCGGCAGUGGCAUGCUCGGGAAGGGUGCGCAAUCGUUUGCCGGCAAAGCGCAAGGCGUGCUGAACAAGGUGGACAAGGUCAAGGCUGUGUACGAUGCCCGAAAGAACCCUCAAGCGUUUGCAAAUGCCGCGCUCGGGUUGGGUGCGAGCGGGAUGCUGGGCAAGAAUGUGGCGACCAUCGCCCAGAAGGGCCAAAAGGUCAUGCACCGCGUCGAGCAGGUGCAAAACAUUUACAAGAACCGCAAGGACCCCCGCGCUGCGAUCGGCGGCGUUCUUGACAUGGCCCAGGACGGUGCAUUCGGCAAGCGCGGUGUCGCGCUCGCUGCCAAGGGCCAGCACAUCGUGAAGCGCUUCGACCAAGCCAAAGCCAUCUACGACAACCGCAGAGACCCUCGCGCGGCGGCAGGCGCUGUUUUGGACAUGGCGCAGGACGGCGCGUUCGGCCAGCGCGGCGUCCAGCUAGCUGCCAAGGGGCAGCAGAUUGUGAAGCGGUACGACCAAGUCAAGGACAUUUACGACAACCGAAAGAAUGUCCCGAAAGCGUUGCAAAAGACAUGGGACUUCGCCAAGGACGGCGGCUUUGGCGCCGGCGCGCAACGUGCUGCCAACAACGCCGAACAACGUGCCAAGGAUGCCGCCAACAGACUCGGCCACCGCGUCGAGCAAAAUGUGAAUCGCGUGCUGCAUCGCCAGGCGUCCCCCCGCGCGCAGCCCGCGUCCCGACGCCGCGGAUUGUAGUGCUAUAUGUGUCCAGUGAUCUCCAUGACCAUUCCAACGUUGUGUCGCCGUCUUUACGUUGAGCACCGACAUUGUGCGUGGGUAGAAUCGAUCCAUCACAUGGACGACCAAAUGCCAAAUCGACCUCCACAACGCGGGCAGCACUUUUCGCAGAUCACUUUCAAACACCAGCAUUGCAUGCUCAGGAGCGCAGAGCGACGGCGGCCGUUGCCAUCUCGCGUGCCGUCAUGCAGUGGACGAAUGGGUCGUUUGAUCACACUCGACAUCCUUGACGCCACCGGUGCGGCUCAAUAUGUCCGUCGCGUUGAGAUCUUUCGGGCAAGGACUUGGACUUGGCGCUCGUAGCUCAGUUUGGAGUCCUUGUGAAUUGGGCCUAGACGCCGGCGACGUGAAGCCAUGGACGUGCCGGCCAUGAAGACGUACCCCAUGAUGUUGGUGUUUGUUCACCAUGCGGGUGAAGAAGCGCAGUCGGUCCGUUGGUCGGUUGCGUGGACCCUUGGACGAUUGCAAGGUUGUUCUUGUCGUUGGUGUGCGAGCCCAUGGCCCCGAUGAUCGUCUUGACCAGGGAUGCGCACGGGGCCGCAGGUGGCACGGCGCAUGCGCUCCCUAGCAGUUCUUGACGGCCUGAAGGCCUCUCUUGCAGUCCGCGCCCCUUGCCGUCCGGCUUGGCACACUUGAACGGAGUUUCUCCCGUUCCCCAAUUGCCAUUUACACCUAUGCAUGCAAUCCAUUGUGCGUCGGAGGCCACCCGAUCCCAUGAGAAACACCAUCGUCCCCAUGAUAUGCGCAUCAUGACCAUCCGAGUCGGUGGACUUGGUGUAAGGAUCUUACCAGCCGACUACGGCUGGUAAGAUCAUUUCAACAUUUUGAGGCGUCAACCAUCGCAGCUGCUCGUAGGAGGUACGGUGGCGUCGACCUGUCGACUGCACCGCUGCGUGUGCGACUUUCCUCCGACGAUACCCAAAUCUACCCAACAGUUCUGAGCGGUGAUGGAUCCGCGCCUCCAUGUCUUGCGCAGGUCCUGGACGGCACUUCCAACGCGUUGAGCUCCAUGCACACGAUGUGAAUCGAGCAUACAGACGAG